AUGAGCGAACUAGAGCCCGAAUUGCCAGAAGAGCUGAUGCCCGCGAUGAACCAUUCCAAAGAUAACUACAUCGACCGGUUGAUCGGCGCAGAAAUCGUCCGCGCACCUGCUCGCUUCCCCAUCGCGAUGUGGUCCGUCUACCAACGGACAGUGGACGGUGAAGCUCGGACGAACAACUUGGCCGAAGCAGCCCAUAGACGUUUGCAGGGCGGGUUUGGGCUGGAUCAUCCUAGUCUUCGGAAAUUCAUAGACGGUAUCCGGAAAGUUCAACAGAGUCGGGAUGUAACUUAUGCUAGAUACGUCGCAGGUUACAAUCCAGAACCGAAGCGCA